CACUUCCGGCUAAGAGGGAACCAUACUCUUUUGUAACCAUCCACCCGGCCGCCAUUAUCUCAUUCUUCGUCCCCUCCCUUCUAUUUGUGCUCACAAGCCAAACCCAAGCAGCAGCAGACACGCGAAAGCAAACACACAGGGAGCGAAGAAGAAACCCAGCUAGGGGCGUCUGGUGCAUUGGCGCAGGAGACCAAUGGCGGGCCUCGGGUUUGAGGAGACCGAGCUCCGGCUCGGCCUGCCAGGCGGCAGCAACGAGGCCGAGGAGGCGGCCGCCGCGGUGAGGAGCUCCGGCAAGAGGGGCUACGCCGAGACCAUCGACCUCGUGCUGAAGCUGGAGCCAGCGUCGGCGGCCGCGCCGCCGUCCGAGGACGACGAGGAAGUGGCCGAUGGUGUCGCGGAGGCGCAGCCCUCUCCGGCUGCUGCCGACGGGCAGUUGAAGCGGUCGCCGAGCCAGUGCAGCGUGGUCACCGCCGCGCAGCCGGACGCGGACCCCGAGAAGCCGCGCGCGCCCAAGGCGCAGGCGGUGGGGUGGCCGCCGGUGCGGUCGUUCCGGAGGAACAUGCUGGCGGCGACGGCGGAGAGAGGGGGGGCGGCGCUGGUGAAGGUGAGCAUGGACGGCGCGCCCUACCUGCGCAAGGUGGACAUGGGCACCUACAAGAGCUACCAGGAGCUGUCCAAGGCCCUGGAGAAGAUGUUCAGCUCCUUCACCAUCGGCAACGACUGCUCGCAGGCUCAGGGGAUGACGGGCAUGAACGAGAGCAAGCUGGUGGACCUGCUCAACGGCUCCGACUAUGUGCCCACCUACGAGGACAAGGACGGCGACUGGAUGCUCGUCGGCGACGUCCCCUGGGAGAUGUUCGUCGCGUCCUGCAAGCGCCUCCGGAUAAUGAAAGGAUCAGAAGCCAUCGGCCUGGCACCAAGGGCAAUGGAGAAAUGCAAGAGCAGGAGCUGACCGUUUGCUACCAAUUCAAGAUUAUGGCUCUGCUUGCCCAACUAUGUACCAUACUAUACUGCGUACUCCUACUUCCUAUGUUUUAUCUUGUUGUUAUAUAUGUGUAGUAUGUAUACGUGAGAAAGAUGUCAUCGGCAUGUCACUGUUGUUUACGUACAAUCAAUAGUAUUUUCGUUUAGCACGCA